AUGGCAAGCUUAAGGGUUUCCAUUUCUAUAUUGACUUUGUAUCUGAGCACUUUCAUUCUCAACUCUGUUCUCUCACUUUCCAAAUGCAGCACCUACCUGCCAGAGAACCACAGAGCCCUAUUCAUAUUCGGAGACUCACUAUUUGAUACUGGAAACAAUGAUUACAUCAAUGCCACCACUUUUCUUCAGGCUAACUAUCCCCCAUAUGGGGAAACUUUCUUCAAGUAUCCCACUGGAAGGUUUUCUGAUGGACGUGUAAUACCAGAUUUCAUUGCUGAGUAUGCAAAGUUGCCAUUAAUUCCACCAUACCUGAAUCCUGGAUACCAUGAUGAGCACAUUUAUGGGGUGAAUUUUGCAUCAGCUGGAGCUGGGGCUCUGGUUGAAACUAAUCAAGGAAGGGUGAUAGACCUAAAAACUCAGGCACUGUACUUUGCACAAGUAAGCAAGCUAUUCAGGCAGAAACUAGGAGAAAAGGAAGCCAAGAAAUUGCAGUCCAGAGCAGUCUACAUAUUUUCCGUUGGAGUCAAUGACUAUGCAGCCCCUGUCUUCACAAGCUCCAAUGGGAAUGGGGUUCUUCCAUACCCUCAACAAGAAAUAGUGGAUUUAGUAAUUGGCAACAUUACAGCAGUGAUCAAAAAAAUUUAUAAUGAAGGUGGAAGAAAAUUCGGGUUUCUAAAUGCGGUUCCUGCGAAUUGCAUUCCAGGUCUGAGGAUAUUUGUAAAUGGGACUUCAAUAGAUGCAUGCCUGGAACAAGAAGCUUCAGCACUUGCAAGGCUACACAAUAGUGCACUUUCCAAAAUGCUUCAGAAGCUUGAGAAACAGCUCAAGGGAUUCAGAUACUCAAUUACUGACUUCUACAAUGCAAUUAUUGAAGUAAUUAAAUACCCUUCAGAAUAUGGUUUCAAAGAAGGGAAUACAGCUUGUUGUGGAGGUGGACCUUACAGAGGAGAUUUUAGUUGUGGAGGGAAAAGGGGGAUUGAAGAAUAUCAGCUAUGUAGCAAUGUUAAUGACUAUGUGUUCUUUGAUUCUUUACAUCCCACGGAGCAUGCUGCUGAGCUUUUCGCCAAGUUAAUGUGGAGUGGAAAUAGAGAUGUCAUUGAAUCUUACAAUCUGAAACAGUUGUUUGGCAUUUGA